GUGAACGAUGGUUAGAAGACCGUCGCAAUAUGCUGUCUCUGUAACUUGCACGGCGAGCAACCCAAGCAAUGUCACAGCAUAUUGGAAGUGUAUUUCUUGGCGACGUACAACGGCAGCGUAUUUUAUCCACCUCGACUCCGCCGUCCUCACCACCUCCGAAUGUUGAGCAUUA